AUGGAAUAUAAGACGCAGAAGGACCAGGAGCUUCUAACCUUAAUAGACAACAUUGAGAAGAGCUAUGACCCCUCUUCUGCCAACUACAAGUUCAAGUAUGUGUUCUACAACAAGGUUGACGGGCCGUUUGUGCGUCCUCUAGACUUUCCAGAAACCCUGUGGAACAUUUCUUUGACAAACGACCCAACUAUGAUGCCUGUGCUACUGAAAGGAGACGACAUUGAGCACAGAAAGUCUUUGCAAAUGGAUGCAUGCAAGAGGAUUAACGACUCAUAUGACUUUCUGCGGAAGAAGAUAGGUGGACUGCGAAUGAGAUCCGAAAAGCUUAAGUCGAAAAUAGACGGGUGCCUUCAGAUCUACAGAAAGAUUUUUGGAGGUGUUUACGGACGGUUCAAGAAAGAGGAGGGAAAGUGCACUUUGCUAGACCGGAUAUACAGGGCAUACCUCCCUCUGGAUAGGAGAGGGAAGCUCUGUGUUACAGAGAACAAAGGAGAAGUGAUGGACCUUUUGAUGGACUUGAAGGGAGUGGGUGAGAAGAUCCUAAGAGAUGCAGAUAGCACACUCCAGGAACGCCAGAAGCAAACAGUCAUACUGAACGAGUUGGAUAGGGUUCAGGACCUCGUACCUAGAGGGAUUUAG